UAUUCUGGAGAUCAUAGAACGGUGUCUCCUUCCUCUUCAAUGCUGCUGAAGCUCACAGAGCCUUUCUGGAUGGCGGUUCCAUGGCGCAAUCUGUUGAGCUUCCCUUAGUCCCUGAACUCAGGCUGAAUCUGCUCAUGGUGGGUGUAGAAAGCGGCCAUUCUACUUAGAUGGAGUCUCUGGGGUGUCAGGCAUACCUCUGCUGCCUGCAUGUACCUCCUCUUCCGUCUGGUUGCUUCUGGUAAGGGUGGCUAGGGACCCUCAACUGAGAUGCUGCCCACACCCCCCCAGAACAGCACGACUGGACCUAACACCCCCUGGGUUCCCGGCAUCUCAGCCACUGGAGCUGCCAGUCUCAAAUUACCGGAGGGGAGGGAGGGCAGGCCAGGCCUGGAUCUCAGGAUCUGGGUCCUGAGUGCAACGCAAGCCUGAGCUCUCCAGCUGUCGCCAUAAGACUGCAGCAGUGUGGGCUCCUUGUGCUCAGGUCCUUUGCAUUCAUAGAGAGAAGCAGAAGACCACACUACCUGGCUGAGACUUUAUUAUAGAGGAUAAGGAGAAGCAUGAACUGGUCCCAUUCCUGCAUCUCCUUUUGCUGGAUUUACUUUGCUGCUUCCAGACUGAGAGCUGUAGAGGCGGCAGAUGGAAAAUAUGCUCAAAAGUUGUUUAAUGACCUUUUUGAAGAUUAUUCCAAUGCUCUGCGUCCAGUGGAAGAUACAGAUAAAGUCCUGAAUGUCACGCUGCAGAUUACGCUCUCUCAGAUUAAGGAUAUGGAUGAAAGAAACCAAAUUCUGACCGCCUAUUUGUGGAUCCGCCAAAUCUGGCAUGAUGCCUAUCUCACCUGGGACCGAGAUCAGUACGAUGGCCUAGACUCCAUCAGGAUCCCCAGUGACCUCGUGUGGAGGCCAGACAUCGUCUUAUAUAACAAGGCUGAUGAUGAAUCUUCAGAGCCUGUGAACACCAAUGUGGUCCUGCGGUAUGAUGGACUGAUAACCUGGGAUGCACCAGCCAUUACCAAAAGCUCCUGUGUGGUGGAUGUCACCUACUUCCCUUUUGACAACCAGCAGUGCAACCUGACUUUUGGUUCCUGGACCUACAAUGGCAAUCAGGUGGACAUAUUCAAUGCCCUGGACAGCGGCGAUCUCUCUGACUUCAUUGAAGAUGUGGAAUGGGAGGUCCAUGGCAUGCCUGCUGUGAAGAACGUGAUCUCCUAUGGCUGCUGCUCUGAGCCUUAUCCGGAUGUCACAUUCACCCUCCUUCUGAAGAGGAGGUCCUCGUUCUAUAUCGUCAACCUCCUCAUACCAUGUGUCCUCAUAUCUUUUCUGGCUCCUUUGAGUUUUUAUCUCCCAGCAGCCUCUGGAGAAAAGGUCUCCCUGGGAGUGACCAUCCUGUUGGCCAUGACUGUAUUUCAGCUAAUGGUGGCAGAAAUUAUGCCAGCCUCAGAAAAUGUCCCUCUGAUAGGUAAAUACUACAUAGCCACGAUGGCCCUGAUCACAGCUUCCACCGCCUUGACCAUCAUGGUGAUGAAUAUCCACUUCUGCGGGGCUGAGGCCCGGCCAGUGCCACGCUGGGCCAGGGUGGUCAUCCUGAAAUACAUGUCCAGGGUCCUGUUUGUCUAUGACGUGGGUGAAAGCUGCCUCAGCCCGCACCGCAGUAGAGAGCAGGACCACCUCACGAAAGUUUACAGCAAACUCCCAGAGUCUAACCUGAAAACAGCCAGGAACAAAGACCUUUCCAGAAAGAAGGAUAUGAAAAAACGCUUAAAGAAUGACCUGGGCUGCCAGGGAGAGAAUCCUCAGGAGGCCGAGAGUUACUGCGCACAGUACAAAGUGCUGACGAGGAAUAUUGAGUACAUCGCCAAGUGCCUCAAAGACCACAAGGCCACCAAUUCCAAGGGGAGCGAAUGGAAAAAGGUGGCGAAAGUCAUAGACCGAUUCUUCAUGUGGAUUUUUUUCAUCAUGGUGUUUGUGAUGACUAUCUUGAUCAUAGCAAGAGCGGAUUAGUCACAGGGAUUGGCUUUGCUACCUGGGGAGAAAUUAACACAAUUCCCUGCGGUCUAUUCCAGUGUUCUUCCAAGGCUUUUGUUCGUCUAUAAUUUAGGGGUUGUCUGUGCUUUUUAUUAUUAACUUCAAAUCAAUGUUGAAGCUACCUUCCCUGUUAAAUGAAGCAGGAGAUCCAAAAUUUCAAGGGUAGGGAGAUGGAAGAAAUAAGGAAAGACUCCUUUUAUAGCCCACCAGAGUGGUGGGUGACUGGCCUCUAGUUUACACAAUUAUUCAUUUCUUUAGUAGUACAGAUAACAAAAUACACUUUACUGUUAAAAUUUAAAACAAAAGGCCGGCAUGGUGGUACAUGCCUGUAAUCCCAGCACUUUGGGAGGCUGAGAUGGGAGGAUCACAAGGUCAGGAGUUCAAGACCAGCCUGACCAACAUGGUGAAACUCCAUUUCUACUAAAAAUAUAAAAAUUAGCUGGGCGUGGUGGCACACGCCUGUAAUCCCAACUACUCAGGAGGCUGAAGCAGGAGAAUUGCUUGAACCUGGGAGGCGGAGGUUGCAGUGAGCUGAGAUUGCACCACUGCACUACAGCCUGGGUGUCUCAAAAAAAAAACACACAAAAAAAACUUAAAACAAAAAAGGCAAAGCAAACCAAAUUUAUUUUCUCCUUAGUUCCUAUUAAAACAUACUUUUGAAAAAUGAAAUAGUCACAUAUAUGUUAGUGUGAUUUAAGUCUCAGUUUAAGUCUUUUUCAGGCAUAGUGCAUUUGAAGUCGAAUCUCAAAGAGUGGAAUAAAAGGCUUCGUCCCAGUGAAGAAAGUCUAAGCGCUAGCCGUUUAAUGGGGAAAAGAGCUUUCUGCAUAAUGCUGAUGUCCUAUAUGUUGGUUACGUUUUACGUAAAUCCAAAUGAUGAGGUCAUUCCCGCAUUUACCCUUUGAUUAAAAUGAGAUAGAUGAAGCUGUUCCUGCUUCAGUCUUGUAUUAACAUAAGGUGUUCAGCAAGCUGGGCUCAUGCAUUCACUGAUGGAACUUCUCAUCAAACUUGGAUGAUGUUUUUCCUGCAUGUAAUAAAAGCGACAUGAUUCUCAUGUCCAUUGGGUGUCACAGAAACUCUCAUGCACAAGCCUGAUCACUUUGAUCCUCACAACAAUUCUGUGAGCUGGGGAGGCAGGUAUUACUGUUCUUUCUCAGAGAAAGAAUAACACCGUGGCUUAAACGGUGGGUGUAAGUGACCUUCCUCCAAAUCUAACAAGGUGUGAGUGGAACUGGGACUUGGAGCUGGGCUAUGUCUGCUAAAGCCACCCUGCUUUUGGCCAUGAUAAAUUAUGAUUUAAGAUAGGUGAGACUAAGAGAUUCUUGUUCUUAAUUCUGAACUUUCUGCACUAAUUUACCUCCUGUAUGUCUCAACUUCUUUCCUAUUUUUAAUAAAAUGUGACUUCGUAUCCACCCCUCCUCCCAUUCCCACCUAGAUUAAAAUGAUCCAAGGUUGGGCUCAGUGGCUCAUGUCGAUAAUCUCGUUUUUUUUGAGAGGGAGUCUCAUUCUGUUGCCCAGGCUGGAGUGCGGUGGCACGAUCUUGGCUCACUGUAAUCUCUGCCUGCCAGGUUUUAGCAUUUCUCCUGCCUCAGCCUUCUAAGUAGCUGGACUACAGGCGUGUGCCACCAUGCCUGGCUAAUAUUUUUGGUAUUUUUCACAGAGACAGGGUUUUGCCAUUUGGCCAGGGUGGUAUGGAACUCCUGGCCUCAAGCAAUCUGCCCAUCUUGGCCUCCCAAAGUGCUGGAAUUACAGACAUGACACUGUGCCAGCCCUAUAGUCUCAAUCUUUUGGGAGACCGAAGUGGAAGAUUGCUUGAGCCCAGGAGUUCCAGAGCAGCCUGGGCAACAUGGAGAGAUCCUGUCUCUACAAAAAAUUAAAAAUUAGCCUGGCAUGGUGACAGACGACUGUGGUCUCAGCUACUUGGGAGGCUGAGGUGAGAGGAUCACUUGAGCCCAGGAGAUUGAGGCUGCAGUGAGCUGUGAUUGCACCCUACACUCCAGCCUGGGUGACAGGGUGAGACAUUACCUAACUUCCAACUCGUCAACUCUUCUUUUUCUAGUUAAAAACCGACAAACAGGCCGGGCGCAGUGGCUCAUGCCAAUAAUCCUAGCACUUUGGGAGGGCAAGGUGGGUGGAUCACCUGAGGUCAGGACAAGUCCAGCCUGGCCACCAUGGUGAAACCCCAUCUUUAAAUGAAAGAAAAAAUAAUAUUUAAAAAAAUAAAAUAAAUUAAAAAUAAAAUUAAAAACAAACAAACAAAAAAAACUGACAAACAGGCUGGGUGCGGUGGCUCAGGCCUGUAAUCCCAGCACUUUGGGAGGCUGAGGCAGGCGGAUCAUGAGGUCAGGAGUUCGAGACCAGCCUGACCAACAUGGUAAAACCCCAUCUCUACUAAAAAUACAAAAAAUUAGCUGGGUGUGGUGGCGGGCGCCUGUAAUCCCAGCUACUUGGGAGGCUGAGACAGGAGAAUUGCUUGAAUCCAGGAGGUGGAGGUUGCAGUGAGCUGAGACUGUGCAGCUGCACUCCACUCCAGCCUGGAUGACAGAGACCCUGUCUCAAAAAAAAAAAAGAAAAAAAAUUCUAGAAGCUGAAGUACAUUCGUGACUUUCUUUUGUAGCUCAUUAGCUAGAAAUGAAUCACGUGCAAGAAAAUCUUGGAAGAGUUUUACCUUCCCAAAGAUGAUCAGUGUUGUCUUUAUUAGAUGGAAGGAGAGAGUAGAUAUUGAGUAGAUAAUGAGCAGUUCCUGCCUCGGUGAUCCAGCCACACUAUAGUAAGGGAAGGGUAUAAAAGAAUAACAAUUACCCACCUUCCGCAAUCAUAGCAAUAAAAACUACUCAUUUACGAUUAAUUUCCUUCAAUCAUAUUUAUGUGUCAAGUUUCUUUGCUAUAAUUAUUAUCUAUUUACUAUUUUGUCCUGCUAUUUGUGUAUGUUCGUUUAUUUAUUUAUUUAUUUUUUGAGACAGAGUCUUGCUCCAUGGCCUAGGAGGGAGUUCAGUGGCUCAAUCUUGGCUCACUGCACAUCCUCCUCUUAGAUUCAAGCCAUUCUCCUGCCUUGGCCUCCUGAGUAGCUAGGAUUACAAGCCGUUUACCACCACACCCGGCUAAGUUUUGUACUUUUAGUAGAGAGGGGCUUUCACCUUGUUGGCCAGAGCUGGUCUCAAACUCCCAUCCUCAAAUGAUCCCCCGGCCUCGGCCUCCCAAAGUGCUGGGAUUACAGGCUGAGCCACCAUGCCUGGCUAGUAUUUACACAUUUUUUAAAUUGCUACAUAUUCUUGAGAAUGGCUCUCCCAUAAUUUACUAAAUCAUUCC